AUGUCGAAGAACUGCAGGGAGGAGUGGAAGUCUCUCAGACUCCCCAUCAUUACCAUCAGAAGGAGGAUGCGACGUCUGAGUUUAUAUGAAAUAGUAUCUGAUGAGACAACCAGUUUCUUUGAACGGAGCAGUAUUUGUUGUAGGAAUUCUCUUAUAAGAGUCCAGAUUCUUGUUCUUGAUCUGUUUCACACGUCCGUCAUGAAGCUUGGUGCGAACCUUUUGGUCGUCGUUGGCAUCGUUGCUGGGGCUCAAGGCCUGUUGCUGCAGCGUCAAGGAACCUGUGCAAAUCGUUGUUUUACCUCCAACGACUACACUUUCCCCUGCCAAUGCGACUCCGACUGCGAAACCAUCGGUAACUGCUGCGGAGAUUUCUGGGCCAGAUGCAGAGGUCCUGAGUACGGUCUCGUGGUAACGUCCAAGGAACUGAAUACCUUCGCCCAGAGUAUAUGGGACAGCGACGUAAACAGGGUGAGCGGCUCUCUGUAUACGCUCAACUACCAGGGGAUGACCACAGGCAAAGAUACGGGUGAUGGAGCAACCGACAAACUGAUCAAUGCAGUGGACAGUCAGCUGGACAAUGUCCUUGCUGACCACAACACCAGCUAUCCCUCGUUCAUACACCUGCUAGACAACUACGCAACCAACGUCAACCACGCAGAACACCGACCAAGCCACGAAAUCCAGGAGGAGAAUCGGUUCUGGGACGCCAUUUCCCAAACACAGGUCAUGCAGAUUACCUUCAAGUUCCUGGUAGACAAUGGCUUUAUGAAGAGUGAUAUGAAAGCCUUCCGCACCAUUAUCAACGAAAUGUGGUUCGAACUUUAUCCCGUGAAACAUCACGCCUCAGCAGUGUCCGACAGUGGAUUUGAACACAUUAUGGUCGGUGAAACGUUAACACACAAAGCAGGCAACACCACAGUCAGAGGAUUUCAUAACUGGGUACAGUUCUACCAGGAAGAGAAGGCUGGGAAGCUGGAUUAUGAUGGAUUUAUCAAGUAUGCACAGGAUCCCGAUCUAGUAGACGUCCGUUUCAAUUGGAAGAAUGGUAUUGCCAAGAGCUCAUCUUUCUUCGUUGGAACAAGCCCGGAGUUCGAUAUGGCUCUGUACACAGUGUGUGCACUUGUUCACCCAAACAAGAAUUGUCCCGUCACCAUCAACGGCAAACACAUCAGCAUUAUGACAACUACAGCACGGCAUCAACAAAUUCAACAACUGACAUCAGUAAAGCCAAACUUCCACGGCACCAACGCCACUGCAAGCACUCAGUAGAAUAGUCAGUCAUUAAACUAAAUUGUUCCUCUA